AUGACCACCCUCCUCAGAACCCACUACUCCUUCGACGACAUGUCCCCUACACACCCAAACCUGCACCGCUACGAGCCCAUCGCCAGCCACAGCGACAGGGAUAUCGAUGACGACUCCAUCCCCAUCCCCAUCGACCCAAACAGCAACAGCCGCGUGCGCAUCGCCGUCCCCGCAAGACUCACCCUGCAUAGACCUUCCGGAGCUAGAGCUAGCCCUAGCCCUAGCGCCAGCGCCAACUUCAGCAUACACGCAGACACAACCACAGACACACCCGCAAGUCCCACAAGCACAAUCCCCUUCCUCUCCUCCGCCCCACCCCCCGCGCUCCCGUCGAGGCUGCGCGUGCGAAUCCGCGGGCACCGCAACCUGCUGCGCACGGGCGAGGUGAAGCUCGACCGGAGCACGCUGAGCCGGGCGCGGAUCUGGCUGGGGAUCUACGGGAUCCAGGUGACGCGGUUCUGGUUCCCGCGGGCGCGGUACGGGGUGGACGGGCUGGAGGGUGGGGUGGGGUGUGUUGGGAUCCGGGCGAGCGGGGAGAUUGCGGCGGCGAGGUGGCGCAGUGCGGUGCGGAGGACGGUGGAGGUUGUGUUUGGGGAGAGCGAUGCUGUGAAGGAGGUGCCAGUUGUGGCUUUGUGUGGGGAGGAAGUGGAAGGGGAAGGGGAAGGGGAAGGGGAAGGGGAAGGGGAGAGGAUGUUCAGUGCGUGCGAGGUGUAUCUUGCACGGUUGGUUGCGGUUGAAGCGAAUUGA